AUGAUCAUCGGCUUUAUUGUGUUGUUUGGGGCACAAACGACUGGUACCACAGUCAUCGCAAAUUAUGGUCCCGAGCUGUACAGCAGGCUAGGAUUCGACACCACGAAACAACUUCUCCUGGGUGGCGUAUACGCAACGAUCGCUCUGUGUGGAAACUUUUUCAAUGCCCUUACUGUCGACCACGUGGGUCGUGUGAAAGCAUUGAAGAUUGGCUGGAUCGGUGAUUUGCUGUCUUUGAUAGGAGAAUGCGUUGCGCUCAGUAUGUUCGAGAGAACAGGGUCUCGUCCUACCGCAAUCGCGAGCGUGUUCUUUUUGUUCUCUCACAUCGCGUUCUUCGCUUUCAAUAUUGACGUGACAACGUAUGUCUACACCUCAGAGAUCUUCCCGAACCAUAUUCGAUCCAAGGGAAUGGCAUGGUCCAUCGUGUCUUACUUUGCGUCGCUGAUCAUCUAUCUACAAGUGGCACCUACGGCCUUCGCCUCCAUUGGAUGGAAGUUCUACCUCGUCUUCCUCAUCUUACUGUUUUGCUUUAUUGUUCCCCUCUUCUUCUACUUCCCUGAGUCGAAGGGGCUUAGUCUGGAGGAGAUCUCACGUCUGUUCGGCGAUGAGACCACAACGAUCAGCCUCGAAGGUCCCAACACUCUUGAAGAAAAGGUUGCAAUUUCUGAGCAAGUGGAGAGACAGCAACAAGAGCAGGCUAAUCCAUAA